AUGCCACGUAAGCUACGUAAGAAUAUACGUAAGAGGAAGGGAGCAUUGAAACAUCCAAUAGUAAAACUGACACCACAACAACAGUUGCAACAACAAAUGAUGAAUGACCCCACUAUGUUGCAACAAAUGUCAAGCAACCCUAUGCUUUUAAACCGAGUUAUUGGUGCACAGAGUGGAGGUUUAAGAGCGGCACUUUUAGCGAAAAUGGCAGGCUAUGGUGGAGCUGCAGACGGAACAGCUUAUAACCCUCAAAGUCAAAUGAAUUUGAGUUCACUCAAAAAUCAAAUAACAGAUGUCAAAAAGUCAAACAUAGACAUACAGAAACAAAUAAGUGAAAACGAAAAGAAACUAGAAUAUGACAGACAGACAAAGAAACUAAAUGAGUUAAACGUAGAGAAAAAGAAGAAAGAAGAACAACUGAAAGAACUAAGUACAGAGGAAUAUGCGAAAAAAGUGUCAGAAAAAGCAGCAGAAGUAGCAAAAAUGGAACAAGAUGUUAUAAAUUUGAAAAACCAUACUACUCAAUAUAAAGUACUGAAAGAUGAAGAGAUAAAACAAAAAGCCAUGAAGACAUAUAUGGAUAGCGAUGAGUAUAAAAAAGAAGUUGAAGCAAAUGUAAAGGCAGAAA